AUGACAGUGGCAACGAUACUCAUUUUAUUAAUUUUUAAUUUUUUUAAAAUAAGCUGUUUGAAUAUCAGCUAUGAUGAUGAAAACAAUAGUUAUCAUAGGUGUCAUUACAUGAACAUUUUUAAGGAGCCCAUAUUUUAUAACUGUUAUAUAUUUAAGUAUACAAACAAUUUUAACAAAAAUGAAUGUUGCCAAUUAUAUAGAAAACAAAGAAUAGAAGACAAAAAAGCUCAGUUAUAUUCACUACAAGAAAUACUAAAGAAUACAUUAAGUGAAGAAGAUUUAAAAGAUAUUCAAAAUCUUUUUCCUAUGAUCAAUGAUAAAGUGUUAUCAGUAAAUGACAACAAGAAUUUUUUGUCACUUGGUAAUAAAAAUAGAAAUAUAAACGAUAUAGAUGAUUUGUUAAUUGAAUUUAACAAUAGAUAUUUUAACUUAAAAGAUAUUAGAGUAAAUAUAUUAAACAAUAAUAAUAAUAGUAACAAAAUAAUUAAAAAUUAUGAUAGUUAUUUUAAUUAUGUAAAGGAAGAAACCAAUUUUUUGAAAAAAAAAGAUGAGCUUUUACAAAAUAGUCCUUUUUAUAGUAAAACAUGUUUUAAAUCAAUUCAUGGAGAAAAGUGUAUUAAAAAAAACAGUAAAGACAUUGAAGAAACAAAGAAUUUAGACAUUGAUGAAGAUUUAGAUUAUGAACUAUUAGAAGCACAUAGGGGUGGAGAUGAAUAUCUAACAAACGGUCACAACGAGGGGGAUGGAUAUAACGAAAAUGAUCAUUACAACAACAGUAGUAACAGUAAUCAUCAAAACACCGAAAACUAUGAAAAAGGAAGAUCAGGAAGAAACAGUAAGAAUAAUAAUAAACAGUAUAAUGAAUAUGAUAGCUUUGAUGAUAGUAGUAAAUCAUCUCCUACAUCAUUUUACAGUAUGUCUAAAAAUUUUGCUUUAGUUAAUGUUCUCUCACAAAACCCAAGGAAAAUAGUGCAAAAAUAUGUAGAAUUUAAAGAACACUUAUCUGACUCAAAGGAAAAAUUAACGAAUUUUUUUGAUAAGGAAUAUUAUAACACAACCCAAACAUUAAGCGCAGUAUUAGCUGAUGAUAUAAAAAAGGCCGUUGAGGAUAGUGAAGACCAUGAAGAGGAUUCUAAUAAUAAUAAUAAUAAAAAUGCUAACAAUACCAAUAAAGGGUUGUUUUCCUCAUUCUUUGACGACUUAGUUUCUGUUUUUUAUUUUCCGAAAAGGAACAUAGAGUUAUAA